UAAGGCGACAGACAGAGGUGUCAACGGAAGCUAAAUAAUAAGAAUCUCGUUGGUCGCGAUAACUUUCUCCAGAAAAAUCUUAUCUUAUUUGCGCCAUCGAUUGUCUUCUGGCAUAACUGACGUCUAUUUGAUUGACCAUCAAAAUAUACUCGCUCGUUCAUUUACUUUGCUAUUCAAAAGCUUCUUUUCAAAAUGGGAGAAUCAAGACAAGAGCUUGUGGCAUGGCUUAACAACCUGCUACAACUUAACAUCACAAAAGUUGAACAAUGUGGCACUGGUGCUGCGUUGUGCCAAGUCUUCGAUAGUAUUUUCCUCGAUGUACCGAUGUCAAAAGUCAAGUUCAAUGUCAAUACUGAAUAUGCAUAUCUACAAAAUUUCAAAGUUCUUCAAAACACCUUUACCCGCCAUCAAGUCGAUCGAAACAUCCAUGUCGAACAACUUAUUAAAUGCAAGAUGCAAGACAACCUCGAAUUUCUACAAUGGACUAAGAGAUACUGGGAUCAAUACUUUCCAGGAGGAGAAUAUGAUGCAGUAGCUCGUCGACGUGCUGCAGGGGGACCCGGUGCCGCACCAUCUGCUGCUCCAAGAGUAUCCGCCGGAAGUGGUGCAGCUCGUAGAGGAGUAACACCAACAACGAGCGGCGCAAGAGUUGCUAAGGCUGCAGCCGUUGGCGGUGGUGCAGCUUCAGCGGCACUAAAAGCAGAGAACGACACUCUGAAGGAAACAGUUGCAGGACUAGAACGGGAACGAGACUUCUAUUUUAGCAAACUUAGAGAUAUCGAAUUACUGGUUCAACAAGCUUGCGAAGAGGACCCAGAGAUUGAGAAGCAGGAAGACGGCUUAAUCAAGCACAUUCAAACUAUCUUGUACUCGACUGAAGAUGGAUUUGAAAUACCGGCGGAGGCGGAGGUUGAUGACCAAGAAGAGACAUUCUAG